AUGAUAUUUUUCAAAUACGGCGUUCUCAUUAAAUCUCGACGAGUGCGCACUGUCAGUCAAGUAAUGAUCCCAUAGGCCCUACAUUCUCUGCCAAUCGAUGUUUUCAGUGGCGGAUCGCGCUAGUAAAUCAUCCAGUUUCCGAAAAUGAAUGUGUUGAUGUGGAAGAAUCGCUCUUUAAUUUCCGCCCGACACUCGGCGCGACAGUGAAAGUCGGAUUCGAUGAAAGCGGCCAUCCGAUGACUGUGAACAAGAAUUCGGAUUCCGAAUGGAUUCGAGACGUGAAAGUAGUCCAUUCGACAGUUGUUGUACGUUUUCAGUGUAGUUAUUAAAAAAUAAUUUACUUUCGUUUUAGAUUUUCGCAGUAGUUCACUUGAAUAGAGAAUGCACAGAAGAUGCACACCGCGGACUCGGUCCAAGAGACGACCAAGAGUACUAUCUCAUUGAGAAUGAGAACACUGAUUUUUCAAAAGUCGCGAUUCGGAAGGAAACCGUCGACAAAGAAAUAUCAGAGCGAUCUACGAUGCAGAGAAGUGAAGAGCCUCUCGUGUACCGCAUCGGCAUCGUUUGGGAUCCGUUUGCACUCGAAAACGGAACUUUGGUCAAAUGGAGACACUAUCAGGACUUUCUGCCUGUGCCGAUUUUCGAGCAUUAUUGGCGAGAGCCUGUGAGAAGCACAGGAAGAAGAAGUAAUGAUUAUCUCUUUCUUUUCAGACAUUGCCAUACGUUUCCGAGUCGAUGGUCUACGGAGUUCUCGAGGGAAUAGUUCUUCAGCGAAAUGCGGACGGCGCCCUUCUGUGGUCGCCGCGAAUGGGAUGCGCAGUCCUUUCGAGUGCGACCACCGGGAACAUACCCGAGCUGGGAAGCGUCCAUAACUUUCUCGUCAAACGAUGCAUUGCCGAUCCGACGUUCGGAGUUCCGUGCUAUUACGAGUUAUUACCGCGGCUUUUGUGUCACAUUUGGAGAGAGAUUCGAGUUGUCACUGACAACAAAUACGCAUGUGUUUAUGUCUGUGAACGAGUUGUGUGCUCUUCUAAAUUUCUUCCGUUGUUCAGAUCGACGCGUACUGUGAAUGCGGUCGAUUGUUCGAAAAAGACGGAACGGUGCUUUGCAUGAACGUUCCAUACAUUGGAAAAGUCACGAAAGGCCUCGAAAACUACUUGGACGUGCUCACAGUCGGCGUGAGCUACGCUUUCCGUCUAGAGUUCCAGAAGACCGAUGACACGUUCGAACCAGUUAUUGUUGAUAUACAAUUGGUACGAAUCAGAGAAAAAAGAGAAGUAACAUUUGAAUUGAAGGAUAGCGAUGUCGUCGUAGAUUGUCGGAUCGUUUACGCGUCACCGAAGCUAAAAACGUAUUUCGCUGUUUUGGAGCCGAAUAGUCCGAACUUUAACAAUUGUAAAACGGCGAUCGACUUCAUCGCAAUACCAUUCCGAGUUCUGUACGGUCCGAUGAAAAUUCACAUAGAUGCUGGCCAACUGCUGCUGCAUUGCUUCGGAGUUUCUGUUCGGUCAGACACUUUUGAAUAUUCUUUCACUGUUGUGCUGCUUCCAGUGCUCCGACCAAACGACAAGACCUGGUCACCGCCCUCACCAUCAAAAGAUAUGACAAAUCCCCUGCGGAUAGUGACUUCCGAGUAUUUCAGGGCCGAACCUGGGUAACCUCGGCAUUUCCGCUUGUCAAUCAUAUCACAUUUCAGUUUCGAACUAUGGCCCACUUGCAUACUUCGGCCCCUGAUGGACCAUUAGAGUUGAUGUGCACGCGUCUCUCCCAGAAAAUCACUGAUUUCUCACGCGUUUCUGCCCAAAUGCACUCCCGUCGAAGUAUUGCCGUUCAGGCUCAAUUGUGAGCACCGAAGUAGUUGCUUCAAGAGAAUUCUGUGCAUUUUUUCAGUGCCCUAACACCCACGCAUCAACCGAUAUUCUUGCUCCGCCACGCAGCUCUCACUAUUCCACUUUUGCCAAAAUUAACAGUGGAAAUGUUGGGAAGACUGCCCCCACUUAGAGAAGUGUUCGCUUCUCUCUUUCCGGACAGUCAACCGGCCGAGCCGGUACGAUCGGUGUCUCGUCAAACACGCGAACGGUUGAACGACGGAAAUUCUAUUUUGGAAUCGACGAUGGAUGAGAAUCCUACAAGACCUCCGACUUGGCAGAUUAGGAGCGCGCGACGAUCACCAGAGCAAAAAAUUGAAUCGGAGGGAUACGAUGAAGUGGCGACGAUUCUGGAUGAAUCCGAAUACGCACGGAGAUACGGCGAUUCAGUGCCGGAUAGCUUUCACAAUAUGAGCAUAGGUGGGAGCAGCACGAGCGGUGAAACCGGAUCAAUCGGAGGAGAAAUCAUCACCGAGUCGUGGCUCGCUUCUUCGUCGUCUUCUGCCAUCAGCUCUUCUCCUUUUCAUGCCACGUCAGCCAUCGACGUGGGCCGAGUGGGCUCAACGUCGUCGGGGAGUACGAUCCAAAGAAGACCGAGUCUCUUCGGAUACAAUAUCCACAGAGGAACCCUUACGAAUCAAAGAACGUCACCACGUGGAUUCGGAGGAGUCGGGAAGCAGAAACCGGUCAAAUAUGGAAUCAGAAAACUGUUCACUCACAAUAAAACUGCUCCCGACAUCCUGUUCGAGAUUUGCUACAAACAUUUGUGAGAAUCAAUAUUCUACAUUGAAAUUCCGAUUGACAUUUCAGGGAAUUCCGUACGAUGCUCGUUGAGAGUCAGUACGACGCGAUUUUAAGUUGGUUGCGUCGGCCAAAUGCAAAAGUGACGAGCACGAAACGACGGACGAUCGCCAUGUUCGGAGUGGAGAAAGUGGAUCUGACGUUGUGCUUCGAGCAAGGACGAGUUCCGUUCAAGUAUCUCGUCCGUUUUUCCACUCGAGAUGACAUGCCGGUGGCCGAUAAAUCCAUGGUCGUAGCAUUCGAGUACGAUUUCUCUGUCUCUCUUCUUGAUUUUUGUUCGUUUACAGUGGAAAUUUCCCGCCUUUGCCGAAAGAUUUUGAGUUGGGACGACGGUAUCGUGCUAUUCAGUUCUCGUUUUACAGUGAUGUGAGCAUUCGGAAAAGAUCUUAAUAGUAAUAAUCGCAUUCAUUUGUAGAGAAUGGUCCGUAUUGGUGCGCACGCGAAAGACGUUGGAAACGUGGGAUUACAGACACUCGAAGGUUCAUUAGAUGGGUUCCACCAAGUGGUUCAGGACAGAAACGGAAGGGAAUGGAUGCGAUUCCGGACGAAGGCGUACCGGCCGGCGACUCCUUUCGUGGAAAACGAUGCAUUUGAACUGUGGGAUGGCGUCGACGAUUCUGGACUCGUUAUCGUCGAAAAAACACCACAAUUGGUGGGUUCGAAAGAGAAACAUAGGAAUACCAAGUAUUCUGAUUACAGCUUAAAUGGUUAGAACCUUUGAAUCCUACCAAGUUCAAAAUGGACGCAUAUCACUUUAUCGCCGAGCCGAUCGCAGGAGUCAGUCUAUUCCAAGCCACUUCCGAUUCUCAGCUCAUUUCUUUCAGGGACCGAUUGAGGUCUGCAAUCUUUUUCCUGGCAGAGGUUACGAUCCGGAUGCGAUUGUUGUUUGGAGAAUGGUCGUCGAGUUCUCGGACGAAGUUCCGGUGCCAGAGUUGUACAAUAGAGUGUUGAACAUGCUCCCAUCGAAAGUGGAACUGGGAAGACAAAAAGUUGAUCCGGAUCAGAUGAUCAGAGACUACGGAUUGUUUAAAACGAUGGAUAUCAACGCGAAAUUGGCUCAGCAGAAAAUAGAUCAUCUACGUGAACUCGGAGAUCCUCGAGUCAAAUGGCACGAAGGCCCGGAGUUGAAGCCAGAAAUUGAGAGAAGAAAAGUAAGAAUGCUACUGAGAAUGACAUGGUGGAAUGGGCAUUUCAGGUGGGAAUUGUUGAGCGACGAGAAACACUUCUUGCGACGAUGCGAAUGCUGUUGGCGGAACUUCGCAGUCUGCAAGACGAGGGAUUAUUUUUGCACGUGAAAACCAAAGACGUGGAAGACAUGAUCACAAAGUUCGACGGAAUGGACGAUGACAACCACGAGUACUGCUUCAAACGACGGUCUGUCGACCUCGACCUUGUAAACCGAAAACCAUAAAAUUUCAGAAACAGAGCGCUCACUGUCGGCUGCAAUUUCAUGACCGACAUUCUGCUGAAAGGACAAGCCUAUCUGGCGUUGAACGAGAAAAAACAUUAUGCGGAUCUUCUGAAGGCGAUGUCCAACUGCAUCGGACUCAAUUCAACAUACAUCAAAAAGAGCGACGAAGUGAAGAAGAUGUUGCGAUUCAUGUACAAGAAUAAGCUUCAUUUCUACUUAUGA